UCGUCUUCCGUGCAGCCCGCCGUGUGUUCAUCUCCUCCAACUGUCAGUCUCCAGCUCCGCUUUGAUUUCUUCAUCCACAGCGGAAAAAAAAACAUGCAGAAGAGGAGGAAGCCGGAGCCGAUCCAACUCAACCCGAUUCCCGAUGGAAACACCAUCAACGGAACCGGAGCCACGGAAACCAAUUUGGAGGCGCUCCAGAAGAAACUGGAGGAGCUGGAGUUGGACGAGCAGCAGCGGAAACGCCUGGAGGCCUUUCUCACCCAGAAGCAGAAAGUGGGAGAGUUGAAGGACGAUGAUUUUGAGAAGAUAUGUGAGCUGGGGGCCGGCAAUGGAGGGGUGGUCUUCAAGGUUUCGCAUCGUCCCUCGGGACUGAUCAUGGCCAGGAAGCUGAUCCAUCUGGAGAUCAAACCUGCCAUCAGGAACCAGAUCAUCAGAGAGCUGCAGGUGCUACACGAGUGCAACUCCCCGUACAUCGUGGGCUUCUACGGAGCUUUUUACAGUGAUGGGGAAAUUAGCAUCUGCAUGGAGAACAUGGAUGGAGGUUCUUUGGACCAGUCCCUGAAGAAAGCAGGAAAGAUUCCAGAGCAGAUUCUUGGUAAAGUCAGCAUCGCCGUGAUCAAAGGACUGUCCUACCUGAGAGAGAAGCAUAAGAUCAUGCACAGGGAUGUCAAGCCCUCCAACAUCCUGGUGAACUCUCGCGGUGAGAUCAAACUUUGUGAUUUUGGAGUUAGCGGACAGCUCAUCGACUCCAUGGCAAACUCCUUCGUGGGGACGCGCUCCUACAUGUCUCCCGAGCGACUGCAGGGAACCCAUUACUCAGUCCAGUCUGACAUCUGGAGUAUGGGCCUGUCUCUGGUGGAGAUGGCUAUCGGGCGGUUCCCCAUCCCACCACCUGACUCAAAGGAGCUGGAGCAGAUUUUCGGUUGUCCGAUGGAGGGGGAGGCUGCAGCCAGCGAGUCCUCAUCCACACCGAGACCUCCUGGCCGGCACGGCUCCUACGGACCGGACAGCCGACCUCCGAUGGCCAUAUUUGAGCUACUGGACUACAUUGUUAAUGAGCCUCCACCAAAGCUGCCUGGCAUAUUUAGCUCAGACUUCCAAGACUUUGUGAACAAAUGCCUCAUCAAGAAUCCAGCAGAAAGAUCGGACCUGAAACAGCUGAUGGUGCACCCAUUCAUUAAACAGUCAGAGGCAGAGCAGGUGGACUUUGCCGGCUGGCUCUGCAGCACCAUCGGCCUGAACCAGCCGUCCACUCCCACCCACAGCUCUGCCAUGUGAAGUCAUUUGAGAAACCCUUUAAAUCAGACGUGAUAGUGGUAGAAAAUGCAUCAUGUGUUUACCAAAUCCACCGUGCAAUCUAUUUUUUUUGUGCAAUAUGCCAAGUUUAUUAUAAACAGACGGGACUCCAGCCACCCCUCGAGAAAAGCCAUCUUUUUCUAAAUCAGAUUUAAAGAACACUUCUGCUAAAUCGUGUGCUUUGAUCCUUGUGUCUUUAAUAUAUAUAUAAAAAAUAAAAGCUUUAACUCAAAAA